CACAUUGGAUACACGACAUGCUUAGCUGCAUCUAGUCCACACCCGAUUCGCGCAACAUGAUCGUUGGGGCCAUAGUAGAGGUCUUUGGGUCCUUAUAGUCACAGCAGAAUGGACGAUCCAUGGGGUUCGCCAUGGGCUACCGCAGACGCAUCAACAGACCUCGGACAUAGUUUGACGAGAAGAAGAUCCGACCUCGAGCCACCCAAACGAGCCUUGCUGUCCGCCAGCAACUCGCCGCGAUUACCCGCCAUCACGGCCCCUUCGCCGUGGGCAGACGCUGAAGAUGGGUUCGGAGGCUGGGCCGCCCCAGAUGGAUUAACAACACAGACGACGACUGCUCAGUCAGGAUGGAUGGGUGGAUGGCGGUCUCGGAGCCCAAGUCUCGCGGCACCGUCCCGAGACAAUGGCUUCAGGUCUCGCAGUCCUAGCCUUGUCGCACCGUCGAGGGAGAAUAGCUGGAGGUCUCGGAGUCCGAGCUUGAUCGCACCUUCGCGGGACAACGGCUUUAGGUCGCGCAGCCCGAGUAUUGCUGCAUCUAUCCGAGACGAAGAGUUCGCCAAAUCGAAUCCGAUCGCCUGGCCAGACACUAUCGCAUCUUCGAACUCGCCUAUCGCCCCCGUACUUCGACAGCCGUCCCCUGAUCCAUGGGCCGCUGAACACUCCCAUACGCCGCACAACGACGACAACAUCACUCCGCGCUUGGUGAUCAACCUUCCCCAGUCUAUUGCCGAAGAAGAAGACGAUGUCGACAAAGGGAAACUAUCUGAGCUAAACCCCGAUUGGGCGGACGAAGAGAAGGAUGCCUCCAAGGAUGGGGCAUGCGAAGAAAGACAGAGCGAGCCGACUGGGGCAAAGGCAGAGACAGAGGCGGAAAUUGUCCAGAAAGUUUCAUUACGAAUCAGCGUGGGAUCGACUGUCAAUAGUCUACCGACCCGUUCAACCUCCCCUUCUGGUGACGAUACCGAUCAUGGGGACGAACGGCAAGAUUCGCCCAUCACCUCCAUCGACGACGACUCCCAUGCGAGACCACGCCUCGCACGAAAAUCCUUCAGUAUUGUGCAGAAACCGGUGGAAGAGUUUGAUGAAAGAGCACAAGUGAUGAGCCAGGGGCCUCCGGUUCUACGACGCGCAGAAAGCAAAAGCUCACUGAGCCCUCAUCAUCACGACGUCUCGGGGGAGGCGUCAGAUUUUGGUGAUUUUGAAGAUGCCCAGGUUAAAGAGCCACCAAAUUCUCAAACACCAGAGCCACCCUCAACACCAUCAGAGGUUCAAAAACCUUCUUCGCAGCACGGAUCUUCCCCCACAACGUCCCCAACGCAGUCGAUGAGCAGUCAUCUAGGCCAUAUGAACGAGUUGGCAGCCAAGUUCGGCGCCCUGAAUUUUGAUAUCGACUUGUCAAACGUAGACAAAAUGUUUGAAACGUCCACCAACAUGAAGCCCCUGUUCCCAUACGCCGAUGUCUCGGACCAUAUCAUUACCGAUAGCUUUAACAGCAUCUCAGAACGCAAGGCCUGGUACCGCAUAUCUCGUUUCGGCUCAUCACGAAAACACAACGCAGGAGACGACGAAAAUUACAGAAGGGUGGCAUGGCCGACGUCAACUGUAUGCCAGGAGACGCUUCAGACUGUCCGCCGAUGGAUGGAGGAAGACUCCAUCGCAGGCCGUGUUUCCCUGGGUGGAGGCAUAUCCAAGACGCAAAAGAACAUGUUUGGAUGGGAUUCUUCUGCAGAGCCAGUUACACUUGAUGCGAUUUUUGGAAAGAGGACUGUGCCUACCAGGCCGUCCUCCGUUCAACCGCUCCAGCCGCCAAGUGCAUUUGGCCUUGUGGAUCAUUCACCCUUGGGCAGCACUGCGGUCAACUCUCUCAAAAUCCAGCCACAUCGACCAGCGAGUCUUCAGCUACCGCCAGCUGCCACAUUCAGCUGGAGUAGCGAUUUCUCAGCUUCAGCUGGGAAACCUCCUCUGACCGCGUCUCUACCAUUAACACCAUCUCAACCAGCUCAGGGUCCUUUCAAAGUGACUCCAAUAGACCUCGGGAUGUCGUCAAUCAGCGCAACGGCAGCCGCUGAGGAUAAUGAUGACGACUGGGGAGAGAUGGUCUCUUCGCCAUCGGUGAUGAAAGCAACCGUGGGCGGCUUCCCCGAUUUCAACUCACCGGUGUCAACAUUGACUCCAACUCGUGGCCCAACCCCAGGAACAACAACAGCCGAGUACAUGUCCCAGUCGGACCACGUCCCAGUCUCACUCACGCUCACGUCUAACUCGGGAAAUGAUACCACCGUCCCAGUUACAUCUUCGGCAGCGGAUCCUUGGGCAUCAGCAGACUUUUCCUUUUUCGAGUCCCCGUCCCAGCAACAAACCGGUCCCACGAAGUCCUCAGUAACGCCAAGCCGUCCAUCCUCCAUGAUUGCCGCCUCUUUCACCCCAACGGCUCCUGGCUCUUCGACCCAUUCCUUCGACUUAUCACGAGUGACUACACCCAUCUCCUCCGCCUCGUCAGUCAUCGCGCCGCACUCUUCCAUGACUCGAAACAGCAGUCCCAUUGCCGCAAAAGGCACGAUUUCACCGGCGGUAUCGUCACCCAUCGCCCGCCAAAUGACACCAACACAGGCAACCGGCGAUCUACAACAGGGCGAGCCAACAGAGGACGAAGUCACGGUCAGCUCAAUUCUUGGCGGUCUACCAGACCUUUCUUAUAUGUUGCGUUGACGGUCCGCGAUCGGGCCACUAUCGUUGGGCGAGCCUUGGCGACAAAAGCCAACGAUCCCCGAUUCCACAGGAUGCUGGGGGGCAUGCUUAAUACAUACACUUAAUUGUAAUCGUCAGAGGCGA